AAGAAAAGGAUGCAAUUAAAGGACAAUAUGAAAAACUCAUGGAUGCUUACGGCUGCUUAGGAGAGCUUCAGCUUAAAUGUGGUAACACUCGGCUGCAUUUUGUGGUCCUGGUGACAGGCUGUACGUCAGUGGGAAAAAUCCUGGAUGCUGAAGUUUACAAAAUUACUGCAACAGAUUUCUGUCCUCUCCAGGAAGAAACCAAGGAAGAGGAGCGUGUUAAUGCCUUGAAGAAAAUACUGAACUCUGGGAUGUUCUAUUUCUCCUGGCCUAAUGCAGGCUCAAACUUUGACCUGACUGUGCGGGCUCAGAAGCAGGGUGAUAACCACUAUGAAUCUGGUAACUCGUUCUUCUGGAACCAACUAUUGCAUGUGCCCUUCAAACACUACCAGGUGAACUGCUCUGACUGGUUGCUGAAAGUGAUCUGUGGUGUAGUGGACAUUCGCACUGUUUAUGCUUCCCACAAGAAGGCAAAAGCCUGCCUCAUCUCUCGCAUCAGCUGUGAGCGAGCUGGUGCCCGGUUUCACAUUCGAGGAGUCAAUGAUGAUGGACAUGUGUCUAACUUUGUUGAGACAGAGCAGACAAUUUACUUGGAUGAUGACGUCUCUUCCUUUGUGCAGAUCAGAGGUUCUGUUCCACUGUUUUGGGAGCAACCAGGGCUUCAGGUGGGUUCUCAUCAUCUAAGGCUUAACAGAGGUCUGGAAGCUAAUGCACCUGCCUUUGACAGGCAUAUGAUGCUUCUGAAAGAGCAGUAUGGAAAACAAGUGAUCGUUAACCUGUUGGGAAGCAGAGGAGGGGAGGAGGUGCUCAACAGAGCUUUUAAGAAACUGCUAUGGGCCUCUUCCCAUGCGGCAGACACUCCCAUGAUAAACUUUGACUACCACCAAUUUGCAAAAGGUGGGAAAACUGAGAAACUGGAGAAUUUGCUGAGGCCUCAGCUGAAGUUGCACUGGGAAGACUUUGGAAUCUUCACAAAGGGCGAGAAUGUAAGUCCACGUCUGCAGACAGGUACGUUUCGAAUGAAUUGUUUGGACUGCCUGGAUCGUACUAAUAGUGUACAGUCCUUCAUUGCACUGGAGAUCCUGCUUGCUCAAUUAGAGAGCCUUGGGUUGAACUCUAAAUCUAUAAUUGAGCGCUUUGUGGAAUCCUACAAAGCAAUGUGGACUCUCAACGGUCAUAAUCUGAGCAGAGUAUUUACUGGCAGUCGUGCCCUUGAGGGGAAGCACAAGGUUGGGAAACUCAAGGAUGGCGCCCGCUCUGUGUCUCGCACCAUUCAGUCAAACUUUUUUGAUGCAGUAAAGCAGGAAGCCAUCAAGUUGCUGCUCAUGGGUGACUUCUUCAGCGAGGAAUAUGCAGACAAAGGCAAGAUGCUCAUGGACCACACUGCACUGCUGGUGACUCCAAGUAUUUUGAAGGCCAUGUCAGAGCGUCAGUUUGAAUUCACAAGCUUCAAGCGUGUUCGUGUUGCCACGGGGACCUGGAAUGUGAAUGGAGGGAAGCAGUUUCGAAGCAACAUCCUCGGUACCAGCGAGCUGACAGACUGGCUGCUGGAUUCUCCCAAGCUCUCUGGAGUUUCUGAAUUUCAGGAUGAUGAGAACUGCCCUCCUGACAUAUUUGCAGUGGGAUUUGAAGAGAUGGUUGAAUUAAGUGCAGGGAAUAUUGUGAAUGCCAGUACAACGAAUAGAAAAAUGUGGGGAGAGCAGCUUCAAAAAGCUAUUUCUAGGACUCAUCGCUACAUUCAGCUGACAUCAGCACAGCUUGUUGGUGUUUGUCUUUUCAUCUUUGUACGACCCUAUCAUGUCCCCUUCAUCAGGGAUGUAGCAAUAGACACCGUGAAGACAGGAAUGGGAGGAAAAGCUGGAAAUAAAGGGGCAGUGAGCAUUCGUUUUCAGUUCUAUAGUACCAGUUUCUGCUUUAUAUGCAGUCACUUAACUGCUGGGCAGACUCAGGUGAAAGAGAGGAAUGAAGAUUAUAAAGAAAUCACACAGAAACUCAGCUUCCCAAUGGGGCGGAGUGUGUUCUCACAUGACUAUGUCUUCUGGUGUGGUGAUUUUAACUAUCGCAUUGAUCUAACAUAUGAGGAAGUCUUUUAUUUUCUCAAACGUCAAGAUUGGAAGACACUCUUGGAAUUUGAUCAACUACAACAGCAAAAAUCCAGUGGAAAAAUUUUUAAAGACUUCCAUGAAGGGACUAUUAAUUUUGGACCAACAUAUAAAUAUGACGUUGGCUCAGAGGCUUAUGAUACAAGUGAUAAGUGCAGAACCCCAGCUUGGACUGACAGAGUGCUUUGGUGGAGAAAGAAACUGCCUUUUGAAAAAACAGCUGGAGAGAUCAAUCUUCUAGACAGUGAUCUGAAUGCUGAAACUAAAGUCAGGCACACCUGGACCCCUGGCGCCUUGAUGUACUAUGGGAGAGCAGAGCUGCAGGCAUCUGACCACAGGCCAGUGUUAGCUAUUGUAGAAGUGGAAGUUCAGGAAGUUAAUCAAGCUGCCCGUGAGAGUGUUUUCCAGGAAGUGUCAUCUUUCCAGGGACCACUGGAUGCCACAGUAGUGGUAAAUCUGCUAUCAUCAACGCCUGAAGAGAAAAAUGAAUUUCCUGAGGACUUGCGUACAGAGCUUAUGCAAAUGUUUGAGGAUUAUGGCACUAUUGUUCUGAUCAGGAUCAGUGGAGGUCAAAUGCUGGUGACAUUUGCAGACAGCAGGUCAGCUCUUCGUGUUAUGGAUAUAGAUGGUGUCAAAGUCAGAGGCAGAACAGUGAAGAUCCGGCCCAAGACCAAGGACUGGCUAAAGGGCCUUCAGGAGGAAAUUGCUCGAAAACGGGACAGCAUUGCCCCCAUGUCCCCCACGGCAAACUCCUGUCUUCUGGAAGAAAAUUUUGAAUUCUCAAGUUUGGACUAUGACUCAGAAGGUGAUGUAGUGGAGGAUGAAGAUGAUUAUUUAGAUGAUGCUUUGUGUCAGCACCUAGUAGCAGACACAGCAGAAGAUAUGCCUGAGGGCUGUGGACACUUCGCAUCCAUGGGUCAUUCAAACAAAUCUGGACAAAACCCACGGCUGUAUAAAGAUGAUACAGACCUGGCCGAUGUGAAGCAAGAGCUGGAGGCAAGUGGGGAAUGCCGCCGCCAGACUCCAAGCAGGUCUCUGUCCAUUCCUACCAGGCCUCGGCCACUUCAGCCGCCGCAGAGGCCUCCCCCUCCUGCCGGAACAUCAGGCAAAAAGCCCCCCUCAGAUGGUUCGCUCUCUCCAGGAAGCCACUCCAGCUGCUCCAUCCUGGCAACGGCAAAGCUGCUACCCGGAGCCCCUCAGCAGCCACCUAAAGUCCGGACUGGAAUAAGUAAACCUUACAACGUCAAGCAGAUCAAAACCACCACAGCUGAGGAAGCAGAAGAAGCUAUUAGAUGUCUUAUGGAAGCUAAAGGAGGACUACAGGAAGAUGCACCAAAGCCUGCUCCAACUAGAAACCAAACGUUCACCAAACCCGAGCCUCUUCCCAGCAUCACAAAGUCAGCAUCAUUUCAAGGGUCGCAGGUAGAACCAGUGCUUGUGCCCCAUCGCCCACCGCCCAAAGUUCCAACUACGAAGAAGCCAGUACCUCUGCAAAGGACCGGAGUCAAGGUGGAAAAUGCUAUGUCUAUGGAAGAGCAAUUUGACCAACAGACAGUAGAGUCUCCUUUUGGCUUGCCAGAGCCCUGCCUAGAGGCCAGACCUAUUCUUAGUCCGACCAGGAUUACUCCAGUCCCUAAACCCAGAACACCACAACCUGGGAAGCCUCAGGAGAGCAGGGGGAGCAGUGAAAGGCAGCCCCCCUCAGGAAGCAUGGCUGAGGCCAUCACGCUGCCUCCCCAGAAUGCUUCCUUUGCCCCAAAGGUGCCGCCGCGAAGAAAGAAGUCAGCUCCUGCAGCUCUUCAUCUGCAAGUUCUCCAGAGCAGUGACAACCCACUUUUUAGUGAGUUAAUGUUCAACUCCAACAACAACAAUCCUGGGUUCCUCCCCCAGACUCAGGACUCUCGUGUCCCUGCGCAGUCUGCUCUCUCAGCUCCUACAUCCUCUGCCAGCCCAGAAAACACCACAACUAAGCAGCUGGCAUCAAAAGCUGCAGACUUGAUGGCUGACCUUCAGGGCCCUCCUGUACCAGAAGGCCAGCAUCCACAGCUCUCAGAUACCAGCUCCCUUCCAGAGAACACCAAUCUUUUGGACCUGGACACAGAUUCUUCCUGCCCUCUUGCCAUACAGGCGGCAUCGGCUACUUCUCCAGCACACGCUCCAGAAAAUUUAAAACUCCCCACCUUGAAAGAUUUCAGUCACUGGGUUACAUUUAGUGAUGACGAAGACAGUAGCGCACUGUCAGAAGGGUUCAACAAACUGCUUGUCUUAGAACAAAACAAAAAUACCUUGAUGAAGACAAAUACUGAUUUAGAGUUGUAAAGUUUUGUCCCCUUAAUGUUCCUAUAGAAAUCAGAAUUAUGAUGCAAAAUAAAAAUAGAUCUUUUGCACAAAGAUUUUUAUUUAAGGAAAUAGAUCAUCUGUCCAUGCUACGUUUCACUUUCAUGUUUAGAGAUAAAGAUACUGCCCCUGGAGGGAAGUGUAUAGAGUAUAUACAACCUAACAUCAUCUACAGCUUGUUUGAAAAGUUCUUUAUUCUAAGUUAUUUCUUUUUAUUAAUCCAUUUUAAGAUGUUUUAUUUCAUUUCAGGUACAAAUCAUAUGUAAGAACAUGUAAUGAUGUAUGGAAAAAAAUGUUAAGAAACACAUUUUCCUGUGAAAUUUAUAUAUUAAUCAAUUUCUGACACUUGA